UAUCAAAACUUUACCCGUACUACGUGCGAAAUGCUUGCGUCUAACGGCUGGUCCAUAUCGUGCGAUCGCUCGCCGGUGCUCUUCUUCUGCGCGUUAUCCGUGUUUCUCGCCUACCUAUCGGCCGUUCUGGCGUUUCCGUCGUUUAGGUUUGCCAAGAUGUACCGCGACAGUUUGAAGUUGGAAGUCAGCUUUGUGACCAGGUGCGCGAUAAAAUUGAGCAUAUUGAUUCCUCCGUUGCUGAUGAUUUUGUGGUGUAAACCGACCGUCAGCUUAUUGAUGCGACAAGCGCCGUCUGUCAUGAAGGAUAAAAACGUUCUUGACUGUCUACGGCUGCUGUUCGUUUUUUUGCUAGCAGUCUGCCGACUCAUUUCAGCACUGUCGUGCCUCCAGUCUUACCUGAACUUAGGAUUACAAUCUCUGAUGGCUGUAAAAAGUGGCGGCGGAAGAAUCAACUUUGCUGAACUGCAGCAGACGGUUAAUCGUUAUUUCAUCUAUUUCCCUGUUGUUCUCAUACAGUACCUAGUGCCGGUAAUACUUCUCGUGAGCGUAUCGCUCUUGCUCAAGUCAUUAGGCAACAUGGUUUCUUUUGCAGCAAAUCUGCGAGGCAUUUCGCUUCCGGUCGAUUCCCUGAGUUCCGCAAACUUAGAAAAUGGCGUUGCCGUGUUUAAUUUCAAGAACAUGCUAAGCCCUUCGGUAUGUGCCGAGUUCUGGGCGUUCUUUCUGUUCCAUAUUUUGCUGACGUCAAGUCUGUUGACCUUUAUUGGUUUUGUUUACGUCACUUAA